AUGGCGACGCAACGCCUCCGGCGGAAGCUCGAGCGCGACGGCGCGCCGGAGCGUGUGAACCUGGGCGAGAGUUUCGUGACAUACGGUACACCGCUGCCUGCCCUCAAUGAGCACGGAAAAGACAAGAACGAGUACAAGCCGGUCUGGCAGCAGGAGGCCUACGACGAGAAAGGGCGCCGCCGCUUCCACGGCGCGUUCACCGGCGGUUUUUCGGCUGGAUACUUUAACACGGUAGGAUCAAAGGAGGGAUGGACACCGUCGUCGUUCAAGUCGUCACGAAAGUCGCGCGCAGGCGCGUCGGCGCAGCGCCCAGAAGACUUUAUGGACGACGAGGACCUCGCCGAGCUAAACAGCGCCUCGAAGCUCAUCACCACCGAUGCGUACGCACAGCACGAGAAGGCGAGCGACCCCUUCAUGAACAUCCUCCAGCCGAGCGCAGAGGGGAACGUCCAGGCAAGCUCGUCGCACAUGGGCCAGGCGCUCCUGCGCCGCAUGGGCUGGAAACCCGGCCAAGGCAUCGGGCCGCUCGUGUCGCACACGCGCCGCGAGCAGCUGCGCACGCUGCUCCGUGGCCUGCACCUCGCGCCCGCGCGCGAUGCAGAAGAGGACCACAGCGAGGCGGCGCGGCACAAGUUUCCCCCGCCCGAUACCCAGCUCGUGCAGCUCCCCGACAACCGCGAGAAGCGCGGCCUGGGCUCGGCGAAAGGCGCGUCCGCACUCCAAGACGCGCUGCAACGCUUCCACCACGAAAAAGAGACGCAGCGCACCGUCGGCAUGUCGGGCAUGGACAGCGACGACGAGGACCACGUAUACAGCGCGCCGCAGGAUAUCCGCGACUCGACGCUCGGUCGGGGGGAUACGCUGCGCAUCGGCGAGCAGCCUCCAAAAGCGGAAGAGUCGCCGGCGCUCGCGCAGGAACAGUGGCACGACGGCCGUCCGCUCGUCAAGGGAUUCGUGCUCGGCAAGCCGAUCGACGCCCCGAAAGUCUGGUUCCACGCGCCGUCGGUGCCAAAGGACUGGCAGCCGGAUCCCCGACGUGUCUGGGCCCAGAGCGAGAAGCGCGAGGCCGAGGCACCGAAGCACGCCGCCGACCGCGGCCGCAUCCUCGGCGAGGCGAAACUGCCGGGGCCGCCGCCUGCGAUCGCCGCGUACCUCGGCGAGAAGGCGGCGCAGCGCAUGCAGGCCGCGACACUUCCGCCCGCGCCGCCCAAGCCACUGCACGUCCCUGCGCUGGAUGCAGAGACAGCUGUACGUGCGCUCGAGAACUUUGUGCCGGUCGGCAGCGACACGGAGAAGCACGAGCGGUACAAGGCGUAUCUACAAGCCUAUGCAAACCACACGACCUAUACCCCUCCCGAUGGCGUCGUGCAGGACGAGCUCGACGAGUUCUUCGAGACGGCCGAGCGCCACCGCCCGGUGCGUGGCGCAAUGGCGAGCCGCUUCACCUCGAGCACGCUGCUCCAGCCCGAUACACCGGGAACGGGCGGCCUGAUGGGCACCGAGGAGGCGCGUGCACAAGCGCCCGCGCCGGUCGCGGCUGCACAGCUGCCGCGCACGCCGGCACAGGAAGCGGCACGAGCCGGCGACUUUGGCGACCGCACACGCACCGUGACGCGGUACGUGCCCCCAAAGCUGUUGUGCAAGCGCCUCGGCGUCGCCCCGCCGUACACCGAGCCGGAGCAGGACGACACGCAGCGCGUCCUCGACAAGUUUGGGGCCGCACCCGAGCCCACACCCGAGGCGGAUGCCGAGCCCGAGUUUGUCUUUGUGCCGCACUCGGAGGCGGCCGAACAGGCGGCCGAGGAAGAGUACCAGGAGGCACGUCCCUCCCUCGACCUGUUCAAGGCCGUUUUUGAGUCGGACGACGACGACGACGAGCCGACCGCUCCCCGCAAGCGCAAGACGGACGCGAGCAAGCCCAAGAAGAAGGCCAAGGACCGCCGCGUCGGGCCGCUGACCUUUGACCUGGACGACGACGAGGCCGGCGGCGCUCCGCCCGUCCCCCUCCAGCGCCGCGACGCGCCCCCGAUCGCCCGGCCACGUGCCUCCGAUCUAUUCGAAUAA